AUGCUUCCACAUGGUUUUGUCCGCUGGCAGACAAUCCAACUUCUUCUAUGUCCAGAAGACCACUCGCGUUUUCUCCAAGAAGCCGUGCGGAAAUUUGACAUCGUCAACCCCGUCACGAAAGACAUAUUUCCGAAAGACAUUCCGCAAUCUGUGUUUCCGGCUGAACCAGAUCCAGAAAUAGUCGAAUGGCAUGAGAGCCUAAGUAAGAAGCUGGAGCAUGAUUUUUGGGCUAGCAAUGCUGGGAUCUUCCCUGGCAGCUCGACUCCUCAAAACGGCCAGUCCCGCAAGCGUUCCGGGAAUUCAAGGAAUCCUUCCCAGAACUCGCAUGACUAUUUUUCCAAGAAGAAUUCCUCAAGGUCCGCGGCGGAUGUGCCGCCAAGAAUGCCAGCCCGUGACAAGAAUUCACAGCAUUUCUAUCCCCACGACCAAAAUCUCUCACCUUUGAAUGAAAACUCAGAGUCUGCCCCUCAGAAAAAUCGCCGUCGAUCUAGGCAAGAAUCUCCAUCUUCGGUGCGAGAAACUCAUUCUUCGCAAUCAUUUCGACGAAGUCGUCCCCCACCUCUUGCAGAGGGGAGGCGCGGCCGUUCAUGUACGCCAAAUAGGCGUCGUUGGCGACGGGAGCAUAGCACUGACUCUUCAGAUUCCCCCAACUCUUCAGAAUCUACGGAAUAUCUGUUUGUUCGGCGAAGGAGGCCGCAAGCACGGCACAUGGAACCUCCCGGCGUCCGCCGUCACUCCCACGAUGCUGGCGGCUCUCGCCAACGUGACUGGAGCAGAUCGCCCCCAAGAACGCCUACGUAUACAUUGAAGGAAGAGCGGCAUUCCCACCCGCCAACUCGUAAGUAUUACUAUUCCCAUGUGCAUGCAGACAACGAGGAGGGGCCUCAUGGCAGCCCGGCUCCACGAUACUAUCCCCACCAGGAGAGGUACGCCAACGAAUUUUCUCAGGACUACCAGUACCCAUCUCACAUCGCCCCUGCACCUACCCGCAAAUCCAUAUACCCUAACCCUCCUCCUCCCGUUACUCCCAUGCCUCCCAGGCCUAAGGAGUACCAUAACAGUCAGCCAAGUUAUCCCAGACCGGAACCCGUAGCAUCCAGCUUUGGUGGACGACGAAACUCUCACUCCCAAGCCCCUUCUACUACCUCACCCUAUAGUCGGUAUGUGGCUCCACAGGCUCCCAUGCCGUACGCGCCCUCUCCACCAAGCUCGCGCCGAAACUUGAAGCAGAAGGCUCCAGGAAAAGGUCAAAGCAGGGUCGAUCCGGAAACAACGUAUACCGUAUCGUCAAGCGCGAAGUAUCAGCCGCCGGCUCCAGGCUCGAACAGAAGGUAUAGGCGUGACUGGGAAUGA